AACUGUCAACUGAGUAGAAAAAUAUAGAAAUUCUUGUAGAGCUGGCAAGAGCAACAUCAUAAAAGUAAAUAAUACUCCGUUGUAAUAAUUUCAGCAUGUCGAUUAAUGGUUAUUUGCUGUAAAAGGCAGCUGCUGACGUUUUUUUCGGAUUGUUGCGAGAUUCGCAAGAUUGAAAUAAGUUGUUACGAUAGUGUCAGACUUUCUUGCUUCAAGAAUGGAUGAUAAACUGUGGUUGAUCGAACUUGAGUCAGCUUUGCUGGACGAUUGUACCGUAGAUGACAUCUAUGCAAUCUGCCAAGGAAAAGCAAUUCCGGAUGCGCUGAGACCAGAUGUUUGGCAAGUUUGCUUGGAUGUGAGAAAUAAGAUGGAUCAACUAGCACAGUUCAAUGAAAUUUUUGAUCUGCCUUUUCAAAAAAAGCUGCGACAGGACUGCCACAGUUUCGUUGAAAAACUCGGAAACGAUGAAGAAGACCGAGUUGCGGUGGUAGCAGAUCUGGAAUCGAUUCUAACUUUCUACUGUAAGAAUAGAAAUUUGAUUUAUGAGUCGAACAAUGGAUGGAUUGAGUUACUUUUACCAUUGCUGUCGUUGAAACUACUCCGUUCCGAUACUUACAAUCUAUUUGAAGCUAUACGUGAUACAUACGUUCCUAAAGGUUGCUUCAAAAAUGGAAAUGUUUUUCACAUAUUUCGGCUUCUGUUGCAAUAUCAUGAUCCAGAGUUGUGCUCCAUCUUGGAUACUAAACGGGUAACACCAGACACGUACUCGAUGUGCUGGUUUCAGACACUUUUCGCCUCGACCUGCACACUUGAGGUAACCCUGGCAAUGUGGGAUUUGUACCUCCAACAGUCGGACCCUUUCUUGGUGUUUUUCUUAAGUUUGAUAGUGCUAAUCAAUGGACGAGAACAAAUCAUGGAGAUGAAAGGUGCUUCUAAGGAAGAACUGAUAAACUUUCUAGUCAAUAUGCCGUGUAACAUAGAAGCGGAUGACGUGAUGGACUUUUGUUCUCUGGCGCAAUACUAUUCGAUGAAAACUCCGCUAUCCUUCAAACGUGACCUCUUGAAAGUACUCUUCGGUGUGCAAAGUAAUGUUAAGGAAGAAAACAUCGUUUCACAAGCGCUCUGUCUGCCUGUUUCGGUGAAUGAACUUGUCGAGAAUACUUCCAGUGAAAAUAGUCAUCCGGAUGCGGUGCGGUUCUUUCUGGUAGACUGUCGACCUGCAGAUCAAUAUAACAGUGGUCAUCUUUCUACUGCUUUUCAUCUGGAUAGUAACUUAAUGCUGCUAGAACCUGUAGCUUUUCAAACCGCAGUUCAAGGGCUGUUGCGAGCGCAAAAGAACGCUAUUGAAGCAAAUUCGAAUGCAGGUGGAGAACAUCUCUGUUUUCUUGGAUCUGGACGGCUUGAGGAAGACCAGUACACUCACAUGGUAGUGGCUUCAUUUUUACAAAAGAGCACCAAAUACGUAUCGUUACUUACUGGUGGGUACGAAGCAAUCCACGAGUACUUUGGGGAUAAUAUGAUUGACUGUUUAGAAGACCAUGAUCCUUUGAAAUGCCUAAUCUGCAAUCAAGAUCAAAUUCAAUACGGAAAGCAAUCCAACAACAACAGCAACAAUGGAAGCCUAAAGCGUGCGGAAAAUCGUAGAAACAAUAAUAAUCCAACACAGGGAACCGAACGAAAACCUACAAUUGACUUGUUCAGCAAACUUUCCUUGGCAAUGAAGUCUAAAUCAGCUGAAGUUAAAGGAAAGCUUUUCGAUUAUAUAUCCAAUCCGACAGCAACAACUCCAACUGCCACCACAGCCGAAAAACACGUAUCACGAAACGAACGCAAUGGCAAACGCUAUCGUAAUGUUCCUCCAGUUUUUAGCAUCGGUGAAGAUCAGGAUGAAGAGGACCUUAAUGCACCGCACGAUUUGCAUCCUUCACAACAGCUGGGUACCGCCAAAAACAGCGACGACAUUGAAGUCGUAUCAAUUCAAGCCUACCUUAAAUCGGCAGAUGUAAUUCGCCACUUCCGAUGCCAGGAAGUGCACCUAAAUGGUUACAUGUACGACAGUUAUCUACUGGUUACCGGUUCUCACAUCAUUGUGCUGAGAGAGUUGGAUCGCAAGGAUCAAGCACGGAUCAUUGUUCGUCGGCCACUGCACAGUAUCGUGAAGAUAACCGCCAAAAAACGACAUCGAGAUUUGAUCACUUUCAAGUAUGGCUACCCGGAAGAAGAAAAUCUCGUGAUAACCGAUAUGGAUCGAUUUCUUAUUCCAAACGCGAGUGAAGCAACCGAGUUGAUUUCGAAGCACAUUAUUAAGCAGACCUAAAAAAUGGCUUUCUCUGUUCGGAAAGAGCACAGGGUCUAUUUUUCUUCCCUUCGCGAAAAGCUUGCUAUUUGGAAUAACUAAGGGAUUCUACCCAGAAAAGUUAUUAAAACAUUUUAGCAAAAAUUUUAGAAACGAAAAUUUUAAACACCUGCCUUCAGCAGUAAAUAUAUGAUGCUAUUUUCCACAGUACCUUCCCUAAGCUCCCAGUUAUUGGUUUCAAGCUAUUAUAAUGAACUCCCUUUCUCCUUUUACUAGUCUUUUAAAAUUAUAAUAUUUUAGUCUCCUCAACAAUUAUUGUGUUUGUAAAUUGUAAAAAAAUGACCCAGAUUUAUUUAAUAAAGUACCUUGUAGUAACCACGUAACGUACGAAUGAUAGUGCUUGUUUUGUAAUAAAAUGCGGCAGUGAGCUUAACAGUAAAUGCAAUGCGCGUAUGGCGGUUCACAUACAUUCAAACUUAUGUUACUAUACUAUAAUCUAAUUCUACCGAAAUAAACGGCGCUAUUAUUUGUUGAACACUGGUGUCCAAAUGUUAUUUCACCUAUCAUUCUAAUUGCCUAAUAACUGAUAAAAUCUAGAAACUAUAAUCUGUUUGCUGAAGGCGGUUAAUCUUGAACAUGAAACAUUUGUUCAUUUUGUGAUGAUAACUGAGGAUUCAAUCAAUUUUUUACAUUUUACGGUCCAUUUUUGAAAAGUUGUCUUCCUACCGCCUAAAAAAACUGAUCCAUAUAAAUAACAAAGAUUUAAUUCACCUCUUAAAAAAUCGUUCAAUCUUCCUCAAAUUAUUAUUGCAUCUACAUGGGGAAAUCAUAAUGAAUCGCUGGAUUCUAAUUCAACGCAACGAACACGUUGCAUGACAUCUCUUUGAUACGCUACGUUACCCACACUCACACAUAAUAACCCUGCACUGAUUCAGAUGGCAUUACCUGAUGCAACGGUAGUAAUCCCUAAAUCUGAAUCUAAAUUCAA